UUGUGCAGAGAGAGCAGGCUGCAGCAGCUGGACCGACUCCUGACCGGGACCAGAACAACACCGGCCUACAUUUUCGCAGACUGUUAUCACUGUAAAUCUGAGAGUUCAGGUUUUCUAUCCGCCAUGAGAGACUACUCAGCGACUCCGAGCAAUGGAGGCACCUGCAUGCCAUGCUGCCAAGUUUGCGUCUUCGCCUUUACCGCAUUUCUCAUCGUUGCAGAGAGGACGGCACUGAUCUACUGCUUUGUGUACUAUCUGUGGGUGGGUCACAACUACUGCUAUGCCCAUCUUGCUGGCUUCACUGCACUGUUCCUGCUGCCAGGUUGGGGUCCCCAGUGGCUCAGUUAUCUGUGGUACCUGUCAGAUGGACGCAUCCGCAGGAAGUCUCUCACCUGGACACACAUACUGCACCUGGGUAUCUUCAAACGGCUUUUGGAGUGCAUGGGUCUGCCAGAUGAGGAUGUGUAUGGUGAGAUCAUGCAGCAGGCUGAUGUAUCUGCCUUACGUCUGUUUGAAGCCUUGGUGGUCACCCUCCCUCAGACGCUGCUGCAGACCUAUGUGCUCAUCUGUACUGAUAUAGGAAUCAAGUCUCCAGCCUCAGUGUGUUUUGUGGUGUGUUUGUUAUCGCUCGCCUGGGCCUUGGUCCUCUAUGCCAGAGCCUGUUCACUCAUCAGACCAGGACACCUGCAAAUGACCCCCGCUGCCAUUCUCUGUCGACUGCUGUGGAGGGUCAGUAUGUUGGGAUCUCGAUUUGCCGUUCUCAUGCUCUUCACACGUAUCUUCAAACAAUGGAUCCUGGGGGUAAUUGGCGUGCACUGGCUGGGUGCAACUUUCUGGAUGGUGUCUCAACAGACUGACAUCAUACGUUCAACUAGUCGAUGGAGACUCUUCAACCUCGUUCUGGGAGCCAUUCACAUCUUCCUUUUCCUCAAUGUGAAGUACGGUCAAUCCAGAUGCCGCAUGGCUGGGUUCUACCUGGUCAUGUUCUUAGAGAACACUUUUCUUCUUCUGGCCUCCUCAUGGUUGUUUACCAUGGUGUCCUGGGAUACUGUGGGAAUCCCAGCUGCAGUGUUCUGUAGCUUCCUCAUUGGAGUGAUAGCAUUGGUGCUGUACUAUCGUUUCCUCCACCCUAAGUCCUUUGAGAUUUUCCAGAGUAUUCGCCACAGGGGGAUAGGUGGAGCCUGCAUGGAGCGUGGAUCUACACUCUCAUUGGAGGAGAAAGUCACACCCACUUUCCAUCACCAUGCAAAACUGUCUGGAGGUGGGACCCUCAUGGAUCUCCCUAUCCAAUGGGAGGGCUGGAAACAUCACCACUGGCUGCUGAUUCGCUUGGCCCUGAAGACGGGGGAUGUAACUAAGAUCUGGUCGUUGUAUGGCGAGGGGGGUCUGGCCGGACUGAUGGGUCUGUCUGAGGAAGUUCACUCCCCUGAUGAACUUCUUGUCUCUCGGAUUCCACCUGUUCAGCCGCAGGUUCCUCAGAUCUCAGCUCCUCAACCAGCUCCACCACAGGUGAGAGAGGUGGUCCAACCACCAAAGCCGGCUCCCACCAGUAUAGUAGCCAGACCAGUAAGAAAAGCUCCUCCCACAACAAUCCACGAUAUGAGAAGGUUUCCAGAGAUCAUCCCGGUCCAGGAGGUCAUUCCUGAGGAAACCGCAGAAGACGAGUCCAGCGCUCCACUAUCAGAGGAAAAAGGUGAUGAGGAGUUUCAGAGUGCUGCUUACGGCUCGCCAACUAUUUCAUCUCCACGGCAACCAGGAAGCCUCCGCCACAUUGACAGCAACGCUGCGACCCUGACUGAAGCCUCGUCCUCCCCAGGUUCUCUGGACAUCAAGACUCCCGGCUGGUCACCUGAGCGACGUUCCCCUCUUCUGAUUGGAUCCCCGGAUAAAAAAACAGCGAUCCCCGGAGAGUCCAGCACUACACUGUACUUCAGUGCGGAUGCACAGUCUCCCUCCAGUGGGAGCUAUCUUGGCUGGGGCUCCGAGUUGUCACCCAUCUCCACCUACAGAAGUCCCUACCGGAUCAGGGAGGCUCGUUUUAUCACAUCCACCCCACGACUGGAGCCUCGAGCUGGGGCUGAAAGUCCAGGCCUGGCCCCUGUUGUUGUCAUCCCUGCCACUCCUGGUACAACACCAGGCACCACCCCAGGUGGAACCCCUGGUGCUUCGACUCCUGCUGCUUCAACAUCUGCAGCUUCAACACCCGCGGCUUCAACGCCCGGUGCUUCGACUUCCGGUGCUGCGACUCCCAGUGCUUCGACUCCUGGUGCUGCUACACCCGGUACUCCAAUCAUUCCAAUCACUCCAGUCAUCUCCCACGCUCGAAAACAGAUGGUCCAGUUUGUGGACAGUAGAGAGAGGGCGGUGUAAGGAGGAUGGGGGUAAAGGGGAAGGGAACAACUGGGUGGGGAAUGAUAUCUUUUUCAGUUCAUCAGUUAAGGAUAUACAUGAGUUCAUGCAUUAACUUCUAGGCUUGGUGGGGAGUUAGGGGGCCUUUUCAGCUCAGUUCAUUUGAAUCAGUCAUUGAAGAAUAUACAGUAUAAAUGAUUAUUUAUGUUUUUCCCCUGACAUGCAGAUAAAAGGGUUCCACUAGCAGAAAAUGGGGAUGCAUGGGUAGCACAGUGGCAAAACACUUGUCAACCACUGCAAUUCUUAAUAGUGGUACCUCUGGCCUUCAUGUACGUUCCAACACAUGUAGCAGUGUUUAUAGGUGGGAAGUCAGUGAUGGACCAGGUCCUUGUUGCUGCACUAGCAACUCCUGGUUAGUUGGAGCACCUGCAGGGAGGAGGGUGUGAUCCUGUCCUGUUGGCAGGUGAAAGAGAAGCAUCUGGCAAAUUCAUGUGUAUCAGGUGAAGCACGUGGCUGUCUGCUUCCUACCGAGGCCACCAGAGGAGUUAGCGGUGACAAACACCGCUGCACAAUUGGCCAUUCCAAAUAUGGGGGUGGGGGUGGGAUUGUGUAUUUUUUAAUUUCUUUAAAACCAUUUGAUGAAAGAAAUUCACUAUAAACUACAGAUCAUUAUUUACAGAAGAUUGGAUCCGGGUUACUCAUCAAAAGAAGACACAGAUAACAAUUCACAGGUGCUAAUGAAUGUGGGGCAUCACUUUCAUUCAUUUAGAUAAACCCUUACACUUAAUCAUUAGACACUAACCACAGAAAACCUAAUGCAGUUUAGUCACUGGAUUAUUCAGGCAGUGCAGUCAGCUGAGGUUACCUCUGGUGAAAUUUAGGAGCAAACUAAUUAUUAAAAUAAUCUGAAUUAUUAUGAUGACAUUUGAAACCAAAAAGCAUAAACAAUCAUGUGAAUCAAGGAAAAGUUAUUUAAAUGGUAGUGGAUCUCAGUGUCAAGAAUUUUCUAAAUGAACCAGGUAACUAAACUAGUUUACAAUAACCAAACAUGCUGUCUGCCUGGCUGCCGAGCAGAAUCUCUUGUAACGCCACUCCCCAAUGCCAAUCUCUUUUUUUAAAUUGGUGAGAUUAGUCUGAUGCAAUGUUAGGAAAUAUAUAAAUAAUGCAUAAUUAAUGCAGAUCCAAGCAUACCUUCAAAGUCACUGAUGCUAUUAUGCUUGCAAAUGCUUAUUAUUAUCAUCCCGUCCAGUUUUCAGGAAGCCACUCAUUCAUCCAGUCAGUUACUCACUGUGUGUACAGUUCAGUACGUGGUUGGUGUUUCCACACAUUACUGACAUUUAUCUGUAAAAUAGUGAAAUCUGUUAAUUGAUGUCUUUAUUUUCAUGAAACUAUCAGAUAAGCAAAUGACAAAAAGCAAAGCUUUGAGGGAAAAAUAUGCUUUCCUUUCCUUGCUAAUUGUAACUGCAAUAAUUACAGUCAGCACUUUACCGCAGAAAAGGUACAGCUAAAGUUUAUUAUUAGCCGCCAGAGUGGCUGUAGAAUGAUAUUCUGCAGACUACUCUAUGAUCAUAAUGUGAAUUUAUCAAAGGGAAACUAAGCAAAAUAGAAUAUUAAAGGAGUAUCAGCCGAUGUUUCUGUUAUUACAUGCAUUUCAUUUUAUUUGUCUAAUAUUUUUUGAUUUGUUGAUGGUUUGUUUUUGUCUAUUUUAGUCAUCAGAUCUUUGAUAUCAAAUUUUUUUUUUUGUUAUGACUUUGUUUAUCACCUGCAGAAAUGCUUUACAUCUCUAAAUUAAUACAUAGGCCUAAAUAAACAAAGUUUCCAGAAUUUAGACGAUUUUCCCAUGCACGCUCAUACUUUAUUGACAAUUUAAAAAAUGUUUGCAAAGUUUGGCCUUUUCAUAAAAAUUACAAACAAGGGACAAAAUGAAAAGAUAGACAGACAAUUUCUGCAGGACAUAAUUAAUGAGUUUGUGUUCUUGUCUCUAACAAAGAGAAAAGAGGCGGUAACUUUUAUGAACAUGCAGUUUUGUGUUCAAUAAGAAACAACUUCCUCAGAUGUAGACAAUCCAUCGCAGUAAACAUAAAGCCUAAAAUUGGUUUUGUCGAGAUGUAUUUGUUCUUAAAUUACGCUCCUAUAGAGUGUUUUCAUAGUGCGCAUGUAACAGUACACCCUACUGGAAUAAAUGGACACGUCCCGUAGAGAAUAAUGCAUCACAAACCUUGUUAGCUGGGACACCAGUUUAAAUGACGUACAGUACAACACUAAAACUAGUUUGCAAGCUAAUGACAGCAUUUAUUGUGCUGAACAAUGCCAUCUAAUCAAAUCUUGACGUAAACCUUGUCUUAAAUGAAUAGCUAAAACUCUAAAUGACUUUAGUGUUCUCCUGUAAAGCCCACCACUACUCAUAAAUACGUGUCAUCCUUCAGAUUAUCCAUUAGUUGAACCUUCUAUCUCCGUAAAACUGAAUUUCUAUCUGACACGAUUUUAUUUUAUUUUUUUGUCACAGUGAGAAAAUAUUAUUGCUCACUGUGUGACUGAAAACACUCUUGUUUUAUAUAACAGUAUAAAACAUUUUUGAUAAUGUAGCUACCAGAAGGAGGGAAACUAGGUAAGGGGGCAGAGGUUUAGAUUAGAAAUGUUGCAUAAAGAAAAGAAAAUAUAAAGUCCUGGAAAUAAUGUGCUGCUAUGAGUUUCAAGUUUGGUCAGUGCCAGUAUUAUGUCAUGUUAUGAAUAUUAUUUAUUUAAACAUGUGAACUGUGAUUGUAAUCAUAGAAUAUGGUAUAUAUGAUAAUAUCAGUCUUCCAUGUAUAUUUGUCUUCUAUGUUUUUCUUCAACUAUGCUAUAUAAUUUGACUUUAUUUCUGUGUUUCUAAACAAAUACAAUAACUAUAAAGUGACAUCUAUAUCUGUAAUGAGCAGUUAAGAUAUUGUGCUGCUCAUGUUUGGUGAUAAAACAUGGGCAUUUUGGGGUUUAUGGAACGAAGUGCUGAGAAAAACGUGCUUUCGGCAGAACCGCUUUAUCAAACUGUGUCAAACUGUUAUCCAUGUACCGCGGCCUGCUGAUAGAUAUCACUGCAUGUUACUCGUUCAUACAGGCACCCAGAGAAUUGUAUCUAUUCCUUUAGAGAAAGAAAGCACUUACUGUAACUACACACACACAUUACAGUAGUUACACACAUGCUAGAAUGUAUGUGUGCGCAAAAGCAAUAAGCCAGCUAAUGAAAUGUAUCUUGAUCAUCACUGAUCAAAAGAUAUUUACGCGCACGCUUUAGAUGAUGCCUUGGCUUGAUCAUCAUGAAUCAGCGCUUUGCCUUGUAGAGAGACAGUUUCAGCUGCCACGCUUGUCUCAUGUGUGUGUGUUGCUUUAUAUUAGAACAAUAUGCUUUGCUUUGUGUACCUGCUGUGUAUGAUAACCUUUGCUUGUGUUUCUAAUUUGACUCAUUUUGUAUUUUUUAAAUGUUCUUCUUUUAUAUUUGGUCACAUUUACUGUUACUGAAAUGUGUGCACAGCCACGGAACUAGUUUGCUGAUUGAGUGUAAGAUCACUUAUUCGCCGGACGGCCUCCAUGUAUCAACAUGCAUCACGUCAUCUCUGCAAGGAUUUCUACAGAGCAACUGUGGUUGGUAGUAGUGAGUCAUUAACUGUGCUAUUGAUGUGACAAAAUAAAGUCAUUAAUCAUGA